AUGAUUGAAAAAUUAAAAUUGUUAACUAAAUUCUUUAUAAAAGAACCAUCAAAUGAUUUACAAAAUAAAUUACACAAAUCAUUAUUUGUAAUGUUAACUGUUCCUUUUAUAAGAGGUGAUUCUAUAAAGAUUGAUUGUUUUAAAGGAUCAGUUAUUUCAAUGAACUUAUUUUAUUUAAAGUUAAAAAACAAGAAUAACACCAUUUAUAUUCCUACAUCAUUUAUUUAUGAUAAAGUUAUUGAAGUAAGACAAUAA